AUGGCGAGUGUUUACGACAAGGAAAUUAGACAGGAGCCUGACAUGUUACACCGUGUCCUCAGGCUCCUGUACACCUCUCAUCAGCCUUCGUUCUCCAAAGUCGAACUCGAACGCAUUGGAGUUACGGUCGGUCCUUUCGAAAUUUCGAACCCACUCUUUAUCAACGACAACAAACAAUGUCUCUUCCAGCCUUUCGACGAGCAUGAAAUCAAGAGGUGGGAGAUACCAGCAUACGCGGCUAAUUGGGAGGGUAUGAAAGCACGUUUGGAUCUUCCAGCCGUGGAUCCCAACUCGCAGCUCGCCCAAAGCCUUAGUCCCAGUGAGAUCAACAAGGGAAACAAGGACGUGUUGGCCUUUCUCAAUACCAACUUUACUUUUCGAAGCAAUGGUGCAACGCGGUUGUGCACUGAGCUUGGAUGGUCUGUCAUUGAUCCUCGUGUGGUUCACAGCCGAAACAAGCACUUUCUCUUCUCUGGUCAUGGAAGCCAACUAGGAACAAACUUCCCUUCAUGGCAAGUUUGGUCCAUCCAAGUGUGGCGUGAGAAGAACCACGCAGGUCGCGACUAUCAAACAGGCCCUUCCAUCCGCUUGAUCAUCAGUACUGAUGCCAUUGGUCCCUUUGAUCGAAUUCUUCUCAACGAGCUGGGAGCCAUAACUGAGUGUCUUGCUUUCCGUCGCACUCAGCGGGAGUAUACCCCUUACCCCAUCAUUCCAGUACGCAACCUUCCCUCUUCCAUUCAGACGAAUACUGAUGAGAGCCCCCUAGAUUCUCGUGCUAUCUCUGUUUGGACCCCGCAGCGGGCGAAUCAUCCAAGCUUCUUAUGA